AAAUUAUGUAUUGAUUCUGGAAAACAUAAUAUAUAUAAUAUUAAUCAAGAAAAUAUUAACUUGAUAAAAUUAGGAAUUAGUUUAAUGAUUCCCAAAAAGUUUAGUUUAAUUUGUUUUGUUUGUGAUACAACAUUUUUAAAUGAUAAACAAUUAUUGUUUGAACAUCUAUUGCACAGUAAACAUAUACAGAAUUUAAAGAAAAUAAAUAAUGAUAACAAAAUAUCCAAAGAGAAUCCAAAUAAAUUUAAUAACUUAAAAUUGGCUGAAUUUUGUAUGAAAAAAGAAACAAAUAGAAAAAUUCAGUGUUAUGCAUGUAAUUACAAAAUUAGGAACAAAAAUAUUCUUAUUAAUUUACAUGUUAAAAGUAAAAAGCACAUUCUUAGAAGUAAAAUAUGGAAAGAACAAUCUGUAGAAAUUUUUAAAGAAUUUUUAAUAAUUUUCGAUAAUGCUUGGUAUUAUGCACAUGUAUAUAUUUGCACUAUUUGUCAAAAAAGAUUUGAUUUGGAAAUUAAAUUUGCUAAACAUUUAGUAGACUUGACUCAUGUAAAGAAUAUUAGAAAAUGUAAAUGUAAUGGAAUUCUUACUAAAUUUCAUAUUUGUCCUAUUUGUGCUACAUGUUGGUUUGGAGAUUCUAAUUCCUAUAGCAUUCACUGUGAAAGCCAAUUUCAUAAAUAUUUUGUAAAACGUGGUGACCUUACGGUUUCUAAUAUCACAAAUUUUGUUGUAGAUUUGUUAAAUAAUAUAGAUCAAAAUAUUACAUUUUUAUUAAAUGAGUCUAAUAAAGUGAUUUUUGAACAUAAUAAAGAAUCUGAAGUAUUACAAGCAAUUGAAGAAAGUAUAAAAUGUAUAUAUCCAAAUGCCAAAACUUAUAUGUUUGGUUCAAGACUUUCAAAUUUGGGUUACCCAGAUAGUAAUUUAGACAUUUAUUUAGACUGUGAUAAUUUUUAUUUUAAAUGUAUAGUAAAUCAACAAAUUGAAACAUAUUUACUGACAGUAAAAAAAAUUUUCGAAUAUCGAACAAAUACUUGGAUUAUAAAUGAAAUUAUUUUAAAUGUCAGAGUACCAAUUAUAAAACUAAGUCAUAUACCAACUAGUAUAAAAGUAGAUAUUUCUUUUCUUAAUGGCCUUGUUGUGGAAAAAUCAAUACUUAUAAGGUAUUAUAACGACGCUUAUUUUAUUUGUCGAUAUUUAAUUUUAUAUUUAAAAAGAUGGUUUAUUCUUUGUCAAAUACCUGGUCCAAAGUCUAUGUCAAGUUAUGCCAUUUCUUGGUAUGUUAUUUUUUAUUUACAAGUGAAACGAAUCUUACCAUCUGUACAUGAACUUGUGAGACUGAAAAAUGAAUCUAAAAUUGUUGGUGGCUGGGAAUGUGGUUUUCAGAAAUCAAUUUCAGUUGCUCACUCUGAUUUAAAUUUCAAAGACCAUAUUAAAGAAUUUUUUUAUUAUUAUGCUGAAUUUGAUUAUAAAGCAAAUGUAGUAUGUCCAUAUUUAGGUAAAAUAAUAGAAAAAAAUUCUUUUGCACAUAUUAAACAGUUACCUAAAGAAAUGGAAAUUUAUAAGCAAAAUGUGAAACAAAAGAAAAGUGUAAUCUUUCAGUUUGACUCUCCUAUGUGCCUUCAAGAUCCUAUUGAUCUUUCACAAAACUUAACAAAACAUAUUACAAAAUUCCAGUUACAAAGCAUACGAAAGUAUUAUAAUGAAAGUGCUGCAAUCAUUUCAUAAAUCUACAAUUAACAAGAUUUAAUAAUAAAGUUUAAUAGCAUAAAAAGUUGAUUACAUUUAAAAGUGCCUUCUUGUAUACCUAUUUUGUACACAAAAUGAAUGAUGAUAUUUUUUAAGAUUUUAUACAAUUUAAAAUACUAUUUGGUAUAAUAAA